CGCCGGCGCGGUGGAGGGCGCUACGGGGACCCCAGAAACUUUUCCCGCCGUGGGCUUGGGAAGAUCGCAGCUCUUGGCUUUCCUGUUCUCCUUUCCGAGUUCAUCUGCACGGGAAGAUGUGUGGAUCUGAGCAUUCCUGGUGUCUGAGAGAAAGAUGAGAACCUACCAAGUGCUCCCCUUACUCCUGCUCUCGGUGAUUGCCUCGGUAGCCUCUGAGAACGCCAGCACAUCCCGGGGCUGUGGGCUGGACCUCCUCCCUCAGUACGUGUCCCUGUGCGACCUGGACGCCAUCUGGGGCAUCGUGGUGGAGGCGGUGGCCGGGGCGGGCGCCCUGAUCACGCUGCUCCUGAUGCUCAUCCUCCUGGUGAGGCUGCCCUUCAUCAAGGACGAGGAGAAGAGGAGGCCCGUGUGCCUCCACUUCCUCUUCCUGCUGGGGACCUUAGGCCUCUUUGGACUGACCUUCGCCUUCAUCAUCCGGAUGGACGAGACCAUCUGCUCCAUCCGCCGCUUCCUCUGGGGCGUCCUCUUCGCGCUCUGCUUCUCCUGCCUGCUGAGCCAGGCAUGGCGGGUGCGGAGGCUGGUGUGCCAGGGCACGAGCCCAGCGGGCUGGCAGCUGGUGGGCCUGGCGCUGUGCCUGAUGCUGGUGCAGGUGAUCAUUGCCACCGAGUGGCUGGUGCUGACAGUGCUGCGUGACAUGAAGCCAGCCUGUGCCUAUGAGCCCAUGGACUUUGUGAUGGCCCUCAUCUAUGUCAUGGUGCUGCUGGCCAUCACCCUGGCACAGGCCCUCUUCACGCUGUGCGGCAAGUUCAAGCGGUGGAAGGUGAAUGGAGCCUUCAUCCUUAUCACCACCUUCCUCUCUGUGCUCAUCUGGGUGGCCUGGAUGACGAUGUACCUCUUCGGCAAUGAUCUGAUACAGCAAGGGGACACCUGGAGUGACCCCACGCUGGCCAUCACGUUGGCGGCCAGUGGCUGGGUCUUUAUCAUCUUCCAUGCCAUCCCUGAGAUCCACUGCACCCUUCUCCCACCGCUGCAGGAGAGCCCACCUAACUACUUUGACACCUCGCAACCAAGGAUGCGGGAGACAGCCUUCGAGGAGGACGUGCACCUGCCGAGGGCCUACAUGGAAAAUAAGGCCUUCUCGAUGGAUGAGCACCAUGCAGCUCUACGGUCAGCCGCUGGCUUUUCCAAUGGCAGCUUGGGAAAGAGAUCAAGCGGCAGCUCGGGGAAGAAACCAUCCAGCAGCUUGGGAAACAGGCCCAGUGCUCCUUUCAGAAGCAACGUGUACCAGCCGACCGAGAUGGCCGUGGUGCUCAAUGGUGGGACUAUCCCAACUGCUCCGCCAACUCACACGGGAAGACACCUUUGGUGAAAGACUUUACGUUCCAGAGAUUAAGAAUCUCUCUUACUGAUUUCAUUCCCUGGCCAUGUCUUUCUUGAGGGAUAAAUCAGUAACCGUAGCUGAAACAGGCCGCUUCACAGCCAGGAGAUGGGGAAUCCCAAGCAAGGGGAUUUUAUGUAAAUCUGAAACCCAGAUGAACUGAAAAGCUAACAGUGAUGCUUUCCCAUCCCUCUCCAUACACACACAAACACACCAGGACACAACCACCCUGCACACUAAAGCAGAGCUAGUCACAACUAGUUUUUAGGGCUACUCAGAAGCGCGGCUGGGAAGACUUCCAUCCCAUAGGGGAAGAACACAACCAAUUUACAGUUGGCAGGCCAGGGUGACCCUCAGAGAUGACUGUCCUGAGGGUGACUCAUGAAACAUCCCUCUGGCUUGCCCAGUGGUUUGCUCAUUUCAAGGUAUUUGGGAAGUUGUGAAUAACUCCAAGUUGAGGCCCAAAUUAUAGCCAGUAGUAGUGCUGGAACCCCAAGCAUGUACCAAAGAGGACCCCUCUGGGCCUUGAAGUGACCAUCACAUUCAGAAAGUGGUGGUUAACCACUGAUCCUUCCAUGGGCCUCUUGUUCUAGCACCUACAGCAGGAAGCAAGCCCUGCCCCUCCUUUACAAGCAUAGAACUGGCCCUCCUCCCUUACAACAGCCACAAGCCCUUUCCUGAUUUCAUCCCCACGCUCCUUUCAAAACUUAAAUGGGGCUGCCAGCUUGUAGCCGCUGGGGAGGCAGGUGCCAUGGCAGCCUUCACAAGAUCAUGUCCCUUGGUGGGGCUCCCUGUGGGUGGCCUCAAGAUGGCAUCCUGCUGCACAGUGGGCAAGGUCUUUUCCAUUGAUGUGGAUAAAUUUCAGGGUGAAGUGAAUCCUGUGAGGGUUUCUUGCUCCUUUUGCAAGGUGUGCAAAGUGUUUUUAUCUUGCUUUUCUGCUGAUCCCAUGAAAAUGGCUGUCUUCAAAGCCUAUUGUUUCUGUCAUGGCUUCUGUCAUGGCUUCCAUCUGUCCUGAGCAAGUCAUCCCUUUGUUAGUUGGCAUUUCAAACAUCCCGGCCAUUUAAAAGCCCCAUGUUCUCUGCACUGUUUGGCCAGCUUAACUGCUAGCAACUGUUCAAAGAGUUUUAACCUGACGCAUGGAAUGUAUAAGUAAGGGUGGGGCCUUCUGUAUAGAGUCUAACUGCUACGUUGCUUUUUCUAUAAAACUACCCAUGAGCCUUUAACCUUUAAUGAAAAGCAAAAAAUAAAAAUUUUAAAAAAGGUUAGAAGCCAGUCAUAGUGGCACAUGCCUUCAGUCCCAGCACUCAGGAGGCUGAGGUAGAAGGAUCUCUGAGUUCAAGGCCAGCCUGAGACUACAUAGUGAAUUCUAGAUCAGCCUGGACUAGAGUGAGACCCUACCUCAGAGAAAUAAAAAAGAAAAGCAGAAAGGUUAGGGGUGGGAUGAGGUGGGGGAGGGGAAUGGCCCCAUCUUAAGCCAGUGCAUCUGAGCUGAGUCUGUUUUAAUAAAUCUGAUUUCUCUCGAGGUCCUAGUCUCUGCUAUGUCCCUGCCUCCCCUACCCUGUCCUUGUAGAACCCUGGGGAGUAAAGCCAGUCUUACCACCCCUGUGUGGACCAAAAGGCAUGGAAGUAAAAUGCCACCCUUCUCAACCUUACGCUCACACUGCCCCUGCCCAGAGCAUGUGCUUGAAGACCACCAUUGGUGGGCUGAGAACUUGGAGGCUUGG